CGACUAUUCUCAGCUGCCUCCGGCUCUAACUCGCCACUUUAGUCUAAUGCAACUAUCCUUAUUCGUCUGAAUAUCCAGUGAACGACAUUUGUGCUACCUACUCGACUCGAAAUGUAAUUUGUACUGGCGGUGCGCUGGCCAUGCUGCUCCACCAUCAAAACUCCACCGCCUCCCAACAGUUCACGACAACUUCAUCCGUGUCUAGCUCCCGCCUUUUCCCCAGUCUCUAUGUCCUCAUUCAGCCGAGGAUGUCUUUCCUUUCAUGCACGUCAGCGCGUGACUAUCCCAACAGCGGUUGACAGGUUGCCAUGGUGUGUUGUCAUUACUCAUGUCAUACCCUACAGCCACAUGGCGUUUUUGACACCGUUCUUUUCUAGCUCAAUCGGUGCACUCAUCCCAUCUACUUCGUCUACUUCUCCGACUGGUCAAAUCAUACAAGCUCACCCUAGUUGCACAAGCUCUUCUAGAACCCUGCCACGCAUCCGUUAUCGAAUGCAUCACCGGGACAUGUCUUACAUCCAAAGCAUUAAUCUUAAUAGACGCAUAAAUUCAUAGAUGCAUAGACAAGUGAAGCCUACAUCUUAGCCAAUAAAGGGUAUAAUAUCAACGCUCCAACCAAAACCAAACCAGUGCCAUAUUAGGCAUGCUG